AUGAAGUCGCCAGCCAACCUAAAGGAACUUCAGAGUUUAAAUGGGAAGAUCGCCGCCCUGAACAAGUUCGUCUCCAAGUCCACCGACAAGUGCUUACCAUUCUUUAAAACUUUGAGAAAGAUGGCAAAUUUGAGUGGACGGACAAGUCCUGCGCUCCAAAAUGCUAACGCCGACGCCUUAGCCUGCCUGGCGUCAUCUUAUGAGAUGAACCUGCCUCGAACGCUGAUGGUUGAAAUCUUACACGGCUUAAGCCUCGCCGAACCCGAGGUCAUGGACAUUGACCUCUCGAGGACAGCGGACUGGAUGACCCUCAUCAUCAAGCAUUUGGAAAUUAGGGAGUUGCCCGAAGACCGAGUAGAAGCCCUCCGCUUUAGAAGGUGGGCAGCCCACUACCUCCUCAAGGACAGAGUCCUGUUUAAGAUAUGGUACUCCCUCCAGCUCCUCCAGUGCAUAGGAGUUGCAGAGACCGGUUACAUGAUCAGUGAAGUCCACGAAGGCAACUGUGGAGAUCAUCUGGUCGGAUGA